AGUGGUACACGCGUGAGGCUGAGAAGCAGGGCGGCAACGUUUGCCUUGGCCGGAGUUGUGUGAUGAUGCCCCUGCUAUCUUUCAUUGGCCUCAAUUUCACCGCGUUUCUUUCUACGGUUUAUUUUGACUGGGGGUACCGCCGAUUGAGUCGUGUGGUGCUUGAGGAGCGGCGCCGUCUGAAGGCGAGGACAGCGGAAGGGCUCUUGGCGGUGAAUAAUUACCCCGUUGUUGGAACGGGGCCGCAGGAAGGGGAAGAGAAUGCCGGCAACCGAACAACGACGGCGCCCAACGACAUGCAAGCGGUACGCCCGUAA